AUACUUUACUAUACUCAUCACCAAACUUUGACAUAAACAAAAUAUUUUAUAACGAAAGGUGAUCGAUACAUUCGAAUAAUGGAAGAUCUACCAGGCUUCCGAUUUCACCCAACGGAAGAAGAACUUCUUGAAUUUUACCUAAAAAAUAAGGUCCUUGGCAAAAAAUCGCGAUGCGAUGUAAUUGGUCUACUCAACAUUUAUCGUCAUGAUCCUUGGGACCUGCCAGGGCUGGCAACAAUUGGAGAAAGAGAAUGGUAUUUUUUUGUGCCAAGAGAUAGAAAACAUGGAAGUGGAGGGAGGCCUAAUAGGACUACACAAAAGGGAUUUUGGAAGGCAACUGGUUCUGAUAAAAAAAUUAUUGGUUUAUCAAAUCCUAAAAAUAUAAUUGGUCUUAAGAAGACUUUGGUUUUCUAUACUGGAAGAGCACCUCGAGGCUCCAAGACAGAUUGGGUCAUGAAUGAAUUUCGAUUACCGGAUACCGUCUCUUCGCCUCAGGACAUAGUGUUGUGCAAAAUAUACAGAAAAGCGACAUCAUUGAAAGUGUUAGAACAGAGGGCUGCAAUUGAAGAAGAAAUGAACGGUACAAAGCACGUUCACAGCUCUCCUUGUUCGACAACCCUGCAGCCAAUGGACACCAUGCCAUUUUGUAACGAACAUCAUGAACCAACUGAUCAGAGCCCCAAUUUCUUUAUGUCAGUCAACAAGGAUGAAGUAGAAGACGAUAUCUUAUCAAUUACUGAGAACAAUCCGUUCGAAAUUUCAGCAGAAACCAAAGACAAGAGUAAUUGCUUUAAGCCAAAAUUACUGAAUGGACAAGAUAACCUGGCUGAACUACAAGUACCCAAAUUCAGCAUGGACUUUAGUCAGGACCCUGUCUGGAUGCAAUUGCGUAGCCCUUGGCUUGAUAAUUUUAUCUUGACACCUUCCGCGUUUGUGCAUAACUUUUAGGCUAUAAAUUCAAAUCGUUAAACCAUCCAUCCCAAUUUCCUUGGAUUUUUUUCAAGAAUAAUAGUAGUGAUAUGUUCACUGCUACAACCUAACCUGCUGACCACUUGGGGUGUUUGUUCAUAGUAUCCUUAAUGGAUCCAUAAGUAAUAUAUUGCAACUGCCUUAGUGUUUUCCUUUUA